UGUCAAACGAUCCGUGUAUAGUACUCCGCCGGCUGUAACGCAGUUCGCCAUCAUACUUGGCGCGUAGCUGUCGCUCGAGGACGAUGCGGCUGGUUGCGGUGAACCAGUCUAGUAGCACCAGUGCGUGAUCCUGCCUGCACACGCGUGGUUCCCCCACACCUGAUCGCAAGACGAGACAGAGACCGCGGAGAAAGCGAGGACGUCAACUCCACGGAGACGCGCAAGCCAGUCCUCUCUACUCGCUCGUGUGCGUCCGCUGUUCGCUCUUCACGUGCAUUAACACCUUCGGGAUUACUCGACGCACAGCUCUUCUCCGGCGAUCGAUAGGCACACUCGCGGUGGGUGGUGUGUGUAUGUGUGUGUGCGGUGACGCGCUGUCGUCGAACAAUCACCCAGCAGGGUGCUCGCGAACGAGAGUCAAGAGAGGAAAGAGCGGAUCGAUCGAUUCCGGCCGUCCGUGUAACUCUCGCUGAUCGCCGCUAUAUACCUGCAUGAAGGCGAUGGUGGUGAGUCCGGUGAGCGGCAGAGUGCCGCCCAAUCAUCGCGGCGUCCUGCACAAUGGCCUGGGGAUCGGCGGCACCAGACGCGACCUCGAGGCCGAGGAAGUGGCCGCUUAUUUGACGAAGCUGCGCUCCCUCGUCCCGGACAUGCCGCGCAAGCGGAAACUGUCGAAGCUCGAGGUGAUCCAAAGGGUGAUCGAGUACAUUUGCGAUCUGCAGACCACCCUGGAGGAGACGAAUGCGGCGCAUCAGGACGCGAAGACGACGACAACGUCGACGACGACGACGACGACGACGACGAUGGAGUCGACGCAGUCGUCCUCGAGGCAACCCCUGCUGCUGAACACCGCCACCACGUCGGCCGCCACGACCACCACUACGACGUCCGUCGUAACCGCGACGGUCGCCGAUCGGUGACCUGUUGGUCGGACCCAUUAGGGUAUAUAUAUAGGUCGCAUCAGGAGGUCACCCUCCUCGUGGACUAGGAUGGAUCGCUCUGCUCUUCGAAAGGAACGUCCGCGCUGAUCUACCCUCGAUUUGGGCAGUCACGGGGCAAGUGUCGCCCAUCGGAAGAGAAACUAUAUAACUACCCGGGGGACACCGCGCGUCCGAAGACGAGAACGUAUUUCGAUCGAAGAGACAUUUUUUGAUCUAAAAGAGCGAAUCCCGCGCCGACUUCUGCCCUUCUCCUCUGCGAAGGGAAAUUGUAAAUACAUUUGUACAUAUAUACUAUACGCUCAUCGCCAUUCCACACGAGACCUCUCACGGUUACAAGGACCCGGCACGAAUUUCCUCUACCCCCUCUUCUUUGGCCGCCCCUAUAGGAUCUCUUAUCAUUUCUCAAUUUUUCUUUUCCCCAACCGACCGCGCGACACCCGCGAUCGGCGGUCGAUUUCAUCGCGAUCUCUCUGGUCUUUCGAGGCCUCGGAUUGACGGACUGUGGAAGUCCCAUACAGCACAGAUCGUUCCAUCCAGACAACACAAUGUCCUCUCGAGAUGUCCAAAGGAUGCCCUUCUACAGGACAUCCUGUGUGAGCCAACCGAUUGUCUGUUCGCGUUGCUCGAGAAAUCGCCCCAAAAUUUUUCCACUUAAAGAAAACAAAUAUAUCUAUAUUCAGGCGUUUUUGAAGAGAGUAAAGGCGAAGAUGCUGAGGACAAUAAGCUAAUUAUCGUUGCCGCAUAAAUCUCUGUGCUGCAUGGGAGGCGACGCGCGUGUUUCCAACUGGCGUUCGCUCUUUGAUAAAGUUACUUGUUGUUUGACUGCGGGGAAAACUGGAUCGACUCUCGGAGUCUCCCGACGGCCGAGAGUCCAUCCUGUUAUCCCGUCGUCGAUCGUAUAUACAUCGCAACGCGAUAUGUCGCGUCGAGUGCGGGCAACACGCGCACGCGUUCGAAUACACUAGAGUGCUCGCAUAACGUUCGUUACACUCGAGUCAAUUACAUAUAGCCGCCCCGCCCAACUAGUCUCUCGUCGAUCGAUCGCCUUUUCUUGCCGGAGGUCCUUCCUUCCUGGAGAACGCGCGAGCGCGCGCGCGCGCGAGUUGAAAACGGAAGAUUUGAUUCAGAUGUCGGUAGACGAGAAGGCGAGAUCGCGAUCGAUCGGGAUUGGCUACAAUUUCGCGGCGAAAUCGAGCUCGAUCGCGACGAGGGUCUCGUUUAUUUUCUCAUUCAAAGUUUUUCGCGCUCUAUCGCUGCUAUUGAUUAUUGUAUAGUUAUUCUCACUGUCGUUGUUAUAGCCUCUUAUAUUAUAAUUUAGAAAGUGCUGAAACUCCCCCCUCUACCCCCCCCCCCCCUCCCCCCUCAACCCGCGUAAAUAUUGUAUAUUUGCAAAGACUGAAAGGCUGUAAGUACAUCAUUACGCGGGCGUACUGCACACACGAGAAAUAAAUG